UAUCAUCUCUAGGUGUUUUCUCUGUGUGUAAAUUGCCAUAGACAGCUGUUACGUGGACUUUUACGUCGCCGCUAGGCGCUUGAGUAUAGAUAUGCCAGUGAAAAUGCUUUUAUUAUAUACGAACAAUUAUUAUACAGCGUAUGUUAUGGAUCUAGAGUGGUGAAAAUCAUAUUUGGCAUGCCUCAUAUUUUCAUACAGUCUCGGCCGGUGUACUUCAAUUAAAAUGAGCACGGGACGUCGCUCGAUUCCUUCGUCCAGAUCACAUCCGUCAUUCACUACGGCUACCCACGGCUACUCGCUAGGGUCGCACUCGUCCACUAGCGAUGGGGAAGCGCAGGGGAGAGGAAAGGAGGCUACCGGCACAAGAACCAAACGGCAAGCAGGCUUGUCAACAGAGCAAUAUUUGCCAUCAGGUGUUAGAAAUAAUGAAAUUGAGCAAGUGUGUGAUAAUAUCAAUGAGAAAUUAUCAGUUAAUGCCAUGACCUCGGAUAUAUCGAGUAGAUCAUCAAGGGACCAUUCCAUAUCAAAACUUCAUCAUGAAAAUCAAGCUUCGUUCAAUUCUGCAGAGCUGCAAAAACAUGAACGUUUAGGUCAAGGAAGUCAAGCAAAUGAAAGAACCAUGAUCCGUGGAAGAACAAGUAAAAGUCCAAUGAUAACACCAUGGCGGAAGUGCGCAUUGUGUAGUAUUGCGAUGAGAACUCAAACAGACUUUCUCAAACAUUUACGGGAUAAACAUUGUGCAAAAGAGGGUGGAUCAUUCGUUUGUCGUUAUGGACUUCAUGGUGUAUGCCCGACCCUGCCUGUGGAUGGAGUGAGUGACAUUGACUAUGAAUAUCAUGUUGCGAAGGAUCAUAUGAUGGAUGAAGCUUUUGCUAGUAAAUUAAAAUCUGCAGCUCGUAGUGACACUCUUCCUACGUCAACAGCUCCAUCAGUAGUCAGUGUUCAACAAAAAUGGACGCCCCUGUCCUCGGUGGUCAACUUACCUGCCGUCCUGAAUGACCCCAGAAAGGUCAGACGAGAAACAGAUUUCUUCACUAAGACCUGGGGCGAGGGCUUUGUGGACCACAGUGAAAUUCCUUCCUCUCCAUACGUCCCUCGCAUUUCUAGAAUCCACUUUGAGAAGUAUCUCAGGCAGGUGGCAUGUAAACUUCAUCAACAUAGAAGAGCGUCUGCAAUCAGCACCUCAUCACAAAGCGACGAUGAUAAUCAGAGCUCAAGUCUUGCCACUGGAAGUAGAGACUCAACGCCUGAAUUACAGCAAGUGCCAAAGAUGUUUUUCAGGAGCGAUUUUGCCCUUGAAAAUCAAGACACAUUUGAAGCUGUGUUACCAUGGUCACAGUUCAAAGGUCAGCAGUCUUCAAAGCUCCUACAAGAAAAGCUAAGCCACUAUCUUGACAUAGUAGAGGUUCAGAUAGCUCGUCAGAUCUCCAUGCGUUCCAAUGCCUUCUUCAGUGCAAUGGCAUCUCAUGACAAACUCCAAGAGGACCUAGUAGCAACCACAAAAGCAGUACAAGAACUCAGGGAAAAACUCAACAACAUAGACCAAGUAUUAGCUAAAGGAUCACUAGAAGUUUUGAGGUUAAAGAUAUCUAGAGUCAACUAUGUGAAAGUAUACAACAAGCUGAAGCUGAUGGCCACUGUCCAUCAAACUCAGCCCACCAUUCAACUGCUGCUGUCUAACUCUGAGUUUGUAGGAGCCCUCGAUCUCAUCUCCACCACUCAUGAGAUCUUAACUCAGGAGUUAGCAGGGAUUCAGAGCUUCAGGCAUCUGAGUUCUCAGCUGAUAGAGAUGGAGAAGCUGAUCGAUAAGAUGCUAUCUGAGGAGUUCACAAGGUUCACCUGUCAAGACCUUAAUCGACCUCUAGAUGACCCCACACCAACUCAAGAAGACAAGUUGUCAUCGGUUGUUUUGGGCAUGAUGCGACAAAGGAAAUUCAUCUUUCUGGAUGCUUAUAAAGAGGAAACUAAUGGUGCAAUCAAGGCAGCUAUCAAACAGACUGUUGUAGAAUCUGUAGCUGAGGCUGAUAAUGCUGAGAAUGAACUAACCCCAUCCAGUUUGUCGGAACAGAUGAGACUUCUCAACUUCUCACAAUGGCUGGAUCUCUUCAACAAAGUCUUCAUGAACCUCAUGAUACUGCUUACAAGAAUAGAGUACACACACAGCAUAAUGCAGAAGCUGGUCAACAUGGCUGCCGGCAAGACCAACGAUGAAGUGAAGAAGGUUGAGAAUGGUUCCGGUGAGGGUCAUACAGGGAUGAAUGGUAUAAGAUCGAGUCCUGUACAAUCUGAAGAACAGACUAGUGAUGAUGAGAGACUUGCAGAGAUUGAAGAAUGUAUGGAGGCUGAGGCAAUACUGCCCCAAGGUGACUUUCUGAUUGCACCUAAUGAACAUCAGAGAUUGACCGCUGGUUUAUUUGAUCUGAUGGGAUCGGUCUGUGACUACAUGCAUGACCGCUGUCUCAAACUACUCAUAGCUAGAGGAAAGGAUGGUUUCCUGGAGCGGCUGAGUUCCAGUGAGUUCCUAACACUCUCCAGGACUAUCAAGGUCUUUGUGAGUAACUGUGAUGAGAUCUGUGGCAGGAGGAGUACUUCACUCAUUGGAGGUCUACAGAAUCAGGCGGUAAAGUUUGUCAGUAGAUUUCAUGAUGAGAGGAAGAAUAAGCUUAGUUUGAUUCUGGAUAGUGAGAGAUGGAAACAGGCAGAGGUCCCAGCUGAACUUCAAGAUCUACUCAGUGCAUUCUCAGAUGGUACAAUAUCUCUGGAUCUCUUAGCCAAGACAGAUAUGGGAAAUGGAGGAGAAAGGAAACCUCUAGACUGUGUAGAAGUCAAUGGAAGCAAAUACGCUGUUGUUGGGACCGUAAUGUUACUCUUGAAGAUGGUAGCUGAGUAUUGUCAGUGUGUGAAAGACAUGCCUACAGCUACCAUGGAUCUUCUAACAAGACUCAUGGAACUCUUACAGAUGUUCAACUCCCGUUCUUGCCAACUCAUCCUGGGUGCCGGGGCCCUUCAGCUUGUAGGACUCAAGACCAUUACUACGAAAAAUCUUGCUCUUACAUCUCGAUGUUUGCAGCUGGUGGCAUUAUACAUUCCAAUCGUCAAGGAAUUCUUUACAGAACGGCUUUCAGUGAAGCAGCAGAACCUUCUCAAGAGCUUUGACAAAAUACUCAAGGAUUACAAUGACCAUGUUCAGGAGAUCUCGAGCAAGCUUGUAGCCAUCAUGGACGAUUCCUUCAGAUCAUGUCUCUCACAGUGGGAAGUGAAAGCUCCUGUACCCUCGUCGUGUUUCAGAGAGAUCUGUAAACGGAUCAGGAAGCUGUAUGAAGCCAUUGCUGAUCUUCUACCAUCAGAACAAGUCAAGGUGUUGUUCACUAGACUCAAUGCAUCAUUCAAGACCAGACUCAAAGAGCAGCUUUUUCAUCUCAAUGUUCAGAAUGAUGGAGGGCCAAAGCAGGGGUUGGUGACCUCUGACCUUGUAUUCUACACAGAGUUCAUCCAAUCAUUGGAUGGUCUUGGAGAGAUAGUGGAUAAUAUGAAUGAUAUAUGGUCGUGGAGGUAGCACUUCCAGUCAUCACGGCCGCCUUGUAAACCAUCUCCCAUAUCCUGGGCAUUUCUUCUAAAGUAAACUAUUGAUAUAUGUUUCUGUAAGUGGACUGAUCAUAGCCAUGUAACGGUCGUGGUGAUUUAAAACCUGUAUGUGUGACAUGUAACAGUAAACAGUAGGAAAGAGCAAUUCAGUUUGAUGACCAAUUGACCAGUAUGUCUUGAUUACCAAGUGCAUGUUGUAUUUUAUGUAGAUUUUGGCACCCGAUGAAACAGCCUCUGACAAGUCCCUAUUGGAAACCUAUUAAAGGGAUAGUUGAGUUCUGUUGCAAAAGAAUUUUUGUGUGAGAUAAUGAAAAACUGAGUGUCAAAUUUGAAAGAACAUAAUAUUUAAAUGA